AUGGAGGGAGGAGCGCAAAAGCGCUCUUUGAGGUCCCUGGCCAUUGCGUCGGCCACUUUGGCCACCAUUUCAAUGAUUGCCACUGUCAUCACAGUUCCUUUGGUGUACCGCCACGUUCAGCAAUUGCAAUCAGUGAUGAACAAUGAGGUUGACUUCUGCAAGACCCGUUCUCGCGAUAUGUGGAGAGAAAUGGUGACAGUUCAGUCAUCAACUGGGGCGCAACCAGUCCGAAUUGCUCGUCGUAGCAAGAGAGAUAACUAUGGAGCUCAACCAAUUCAGGCGAGCCCCCCAUCUUCAAUGGCUGGAUCAUGCUGUACUUGUCAAGUUGGACCACCAGGACCACCAGGACCUCCAGGAAGAGACGGACGACCCGGAGCCCCUGGACGUCCAGGAAAUCCAGGACCACCCGGACGCGAUGGUGCUCUUCUUCCAGGACCACCACCAAAACCACCAUGCCAGAAAUGUCCACCAGGACCCCCAGGACCAGCUGGGCCACCAGGACCAAAGGGACUUCCAGGGCCUCAAGGAGAUCCAGGAAAUCCUGGACAAGACGGAGUUCCAGGACUUCCAGGACCGCCAGGACCACCAGGACCACAGGGAGCUCCAGGAGUUCCAGGAGAAAAGGGGCCAUCAGGAGAGCCAGGAAAAGUAAUCAAUGGAGCACCACCAGGCCCGCCAGGACCACCAGGACCACCAGGACCACAAGGACCACCGGGACCACCAGGAAAGGAUGGACAGCCUGGAAAGGCAGGACCACCUGGAUUGCCAGGAGAUCCAGGAGAGAAGGGAGCCGAUGGUUUACCAGGACCACACGGAGGAACUGGACCACGUGGACCACCAGGACAGCCAGGAUCAUGCGAUCAUUGUCCACCACCACGAACUGGACCAGGAUAUGCCCGACGUUAA